UAAUUUUUAAGUGCAACUCGGCUUGGCGCCAUCCGUUUUGUCACGAAUUGGAGCAUCACGUGCUGCCAUCGACGUCACUGCAUGAGCACCGCCUUCAUCCGCCCCUCCCGAGUCUUUUGAUCUGUAACUCGUUGAUCGCCGUGACUUGCGCUUUGCUUGUCGUUGAUUGUGCAUAAUGAGCGGCCAAGAGACUUUCACAGCGGAUCCGAGAGUCACUUACUCGUCUGGCCGAGCGGAUUCGAGCUCCAAUCCCGACCUGCGAAUCUUGCAUUACAACGAUGUCUACCAUGUCGACCCAGCAAGCGCAGAGCCUGUCGGCGGCCUCGCGCGGUUCAUAACGAUGUGCAAUGAAUACAAAGAUGCGGAGAAAUUUAAGGGACAACCGGAUGUACUGACUCUCUUUUCCGGAGACGCUUUCAACCCAAGUCUGGAGAGCAGUGUUACAAAAGGUGAACACAUGGUUCCGGUACUAAACGCUAUUGGGACUGAUGUAGCUUGCGUUGGCAAUCACGACUUUGACUUUGGUGUGCUGCAAUUCGAACAUCUGAUCAAGAAGUGCAGCUUCCCGUGGCUCAUUGCAAAUGUACUGGAUCCCGCGCUUGGCGACAACGUGCCGCUCGGCAAUGCGAAGCGAACUCACAUGAUGACUACUUCGAAUGGUAUCAAGGUCGGCAUCAUUGGCCUCGGCGAACGAGAAUGGCUGGACACAAUUAACAGUUUACCACCAAACCUUAUAUACAAGUCCGCCAGCGCUACCGCGAAAGAACUUGUCCCGCAGCUGAGAGAGCAGGGCGCGGAGAUUAUUGUGUGCCUCAGCCAUCAGCGCGAGCCGAACGACAUUAAACUAGCCGAGCAGACCGGCGGCAUCAUCGACAUUAUUCUAGGCGGCCACGACCACUUCUACAAGCACAAUUACAUCAAUGGCACCCAUAUACUGCGCUCUGGAACCGACUUCAAGCAGCUGAGCUACAUUGAGGCCAGACGAAGCGAGAAGGAACAGGGAAAAUGGGAUUUUGAUAUCUGGCGACGCGACGUCAUGUCUUCUGUCGAGGAGCAUAAACCUACAGCAAAACUGGUCCAUGAGCUUACAGCCAAGUUGCAAAAGUCGCUCUCUCAGCCGAUUGGCUGGACAGCGAUGCCGCUUGACGCGCGCUUCAGCACCGUUCGAGUUAAGGAAUCGAAUAUUGGAAACUUUGUCUGUGACAUUAUGCGGCAGCAUCACCGUGCGGACUGCACCAUCAUGGCAUCUGGAACGAUUCGCGGCGACCAAAUCUACCCGCCUGGCGCUAUUCGCAUCAAAGACGUUACAACGUGUUUCCCGUUUGAGGAUCCCAUUGUCGUCCUGCGCGUAACUGGACAGGCAAUCUGGGAUGCGUUGGAGAACGGCGUAUCCAUGUACCCUGCGCUGGAAGGCCGGUUCCCGCAAGUGUCUAAUAUUAUGUUUGAAUUUGACCCAGAACGACCGCGCGGAAAGCGACUAUCAUGGUUAAAGAUUGGCGGAGAGGAUUAUCAGCCGGAGAAGAAGUAUGUUCUCGCUACUAGAGGAUACAUGGCGCGAGGUAAAGAUGGCUAUGAUUGCCUGCUUGCCGGGUCGGAAGGCGGCGAGGCGGAAGAGAUCAUUGACGAAGAGAAUGGAAUCCUCAUCAGUACCAUGCUGCGACAAUACUUUAUGGCGCUGCGUACGGUAGGCAAGUGGCAGAAGCUUGCUGAGCAGUGGGUUGAGACUGCGUCCAGUGUGCAUCACGAGCCCAUGGGUGAGCACGACGAUCAGGCUGGGGAUGGAUCCAAGUCGCUCCCAUCACAGCUGCAUGCACCGUAUGAAGAUAGCUGGCAGGAUUUCAUACGCGCUCGUCUCGGACACUCCAAGACUCCUCAUGACGAGGAUAGCUCGUACGAUGUCGAUGAGGGUAUUGUCAUGGAGGAGACGGAGCCCAUCUCGCCCAUCAUUGGCGGAGACCCCGACCACCAGAUGGACAUUGAGACGCUUCUGCUGCGCAAGUUUUGGACACGAUGGGCCAUCAAAGCAGGCGUCAAGUCGUGUCCAUGCGAUCCUGUGUCCAAAGGCGCGUGUCUUGUCGAUUGGACAAGGCUGAUUGCUCCCACUGUUGAAGGCAGAAUACAAAUGGUCAAGAAGAAGCAAUAGAGAAUCAUAGAAAAUAGAUGAAUGAAAAAAACUAUUUCCACUAUGUAACUGGCCAGAGUAGCCCGGCCUAGGUCAUGUACACUUUAUUUUUACUUGGUAUAUACAAGUUGGGGACCCGUCCUUUCACCACUACCGAAGCGAUUGUAGAUUGGCGCCGGGGUGGCUGCUCUCUACUGAGCACACUUGCCCUUCUUGCAAGUCAGAGAGUCAGAGCAGUCGUUGUCGCUCUUGCAAGAGGCACCUAAAUUGGUUGUUAGCAAAGCCGGCCGUGACCAUGAUGCUGGGUUGUUUACUUACCGGCGCAGUGGCCAGCCCAGGAGCAAGGAGGGGGAGGGGGAGCGCUGCUGCCGCCCUUGGAGCAGCGUCCGCUCUUGCAGGUGAGCUCGUCGGAGCAGUCGUUAUCGUUGCCGCACGAAGCACCUAGAUGGGGGAAUCACGUUAGCCAAUGGGUAGCCAGAGCGAGCGGGAGUGCGACGCCGAGCAAAGAGCUGGACAGCCUCGCACCACGGCCCUCUUUGUGAUUGGGGUCGUUUGUACCUUCGCAGUGGCCGGCCCAUGAACAGCUGCCGCCAGAGGGGGGAGGGGUGCUGCCGUUGCCGCCGAGACGAGCUACGAGCUUGUCACCGAGGGCAGAGAUGGAGCUCUCGAAGUCGCUGUAGUUCUUGGCAUCCCACUUGGCAGAUUUGCCGGGAACAGCAUCGUCGCCAGCAAAGGCAAUGUACAGCACGUCGUUGCCGUCGUAGCCGUUGCCGCCGGUGAUGCUCUUGCCGAAGCAGGCAGUGGCCAGCGAGAUGGACGCCUCGCCAAUCAUGGCCUCGGCGUCGUCAUCGCCGUUCUCGUCACCCCAGACACCGUAGAUCUAAGCGUGAAAUUCUUGUUAGUUAAGAUGCAAGCAUAGAGACAAAUGCAGUCGGCUUACCAGCUUGUUGUUGCAAACAACAGCCAUAACGGAGAGAGGCUUGAUGCCGUAGGACUGAGGGUUGAAGGUGGUGUAGCCAGCUCGGCUGCCCUCGUUGCCAAAGACGACAUAAGGGUGAAUGUUGGCAUCGAGAUCCUUUUGGCUGGUACCGUAGCUGCGGACGGUGCCGGCGAAAGAGGUUUGGCUCUGGGUAUCGGUGGACUUGCCGCAGCGGCCGUCGUCGGCAGCACUGCCCUGGAUGCCGUCGCAGUCAAUGUCCAUGUUGGCGAGCUGGCCAUUCUUGCCCUGGAGGUAGAUGACCUUGUAGUCGGUAGAGUGGUCACCACAGUACGAGAAAGCUGUGCAGAGACGAGAGUUGUUAGCAAAUUGUUGAGUAGGGAACAGACCAAGUGUCUUCGUGCUGAAAGAACGAUGCCGCGAGGGCAGUAGGCUAUAGAAGAAUCGGAGACACUUACAGCCAUUGUCACCAGAGAUGCUGUGGAAGCCCGACUUGAGAGGGUUGGUGCACUGGCCAUUGGCGCGGACGGUGUCGUAGAAGGACUUGACGUUGGCGGGUAUGUCGCGGGCAGUAGCCACGGUGGCAAGGCCGACAAGAAGAGAGUUGCGGACAAACAUUGCUGUUAUUGAUGUGUGUGGGUGUAAUCGGUGGGUGAUGGGAGGCAGCAGAAGAGCAGCAUGCGCGUAUGAACGGGGGAGUAAGCAGUUGAACUAUUUAUAUGGCCGAGCCCAUCCACCACCGCUCUCAACCAUUAGUGAGUGGAUUGUGUCGGCAUGGCCCUUCCUCCUCUCUCGCUGGUCGAAUCGGGGCCGCUUCUCC